GGGUUGCGGAAUGCUUGCGUUUGAAGCAGCAAGUUUUUUUCCACUUUCAAGUGCUCCCUGAUGGUAAACGGAGUUAUUCGCUAUACAUGUUUAGGUAGCUAAUAUGAAGUUAACCAAUUUCCUCCUAAGUACAGCGUGUUAUUCAUGAGAAACAAAUCUUAAUUGACCUACUAGCUGCAUUUCUGUGGGACACCCACAAAUAGAUUUUUUGCUUGGUUGAAAUGCCUCGGAUGGUCGGCGGAAGAGACGGCUCGGCUGAUGUGAUCCUCGUGCAGCGGCUCGCUGCUGUCGUGUUGUUGCUGUCGCUCGGGGUCCACGGCAUCGCAGAGGAACCGCAACCAGUCCAACACUCUCAGCAAGAGAAAGCACUAAGUCCCCAUCCUAUAGUUCCAGUAAGGGGAGAUGAUCCUACCAAGGGCAACCUGGGAUUCAUUCAUGCCUUUGUGGCAUCCUUCUCUGUCAUCAUCGUGUCUGAACUGGGCGACAAGACAUUUUUCAUCGCAGCCAUCAUGGCCAUGCGUUAUAACCGGCUGACUGUGCUAGUGGGGGCCAUGCUGGCAUUGGGCGUCAUGACCUGCCUCUCGGUGCUGUUUGGCUACGCUACCACCGUCAUCCCAAGGAUCUACACAUACUACGUGUCCACAGCUCUGUUUGCCAUAUUUGGCAUACGGAUGCUCCGAGAGGGGCUGAAGAUGAGUCCGGAUGAAGGCCAGGAGGAGCUGGAAGAGGUGCAGGCAGAGAUCAAGAAGAAAGAUGAAGAGCUCCAGCGGGCCAAGCUAGCCAACGGUGUAGCGGACGUCGAGGCCGGCUCCGGAAAUGCCCAGCCCCAGAGGAAGUGGCAAAGCUUCAUUUCGCCCAUCUUCCUGCAGGCACUCACCCUUACCUUCGUGGCCGAGUGGGGUGACAGGUCCCAGCUGACCACCAUCAUCCUGGCUGCCCGGGAGGAUCCAUUUGGAGUAGCAGUAGGUGGGACAAUUGGACACUGCCUCUGCACAGGAUUAGCUGUCAUCGGAGGAAGAAUGAUUGCCCAGAAGAUUUCUGUCAGAACAGUAACCAUCAUUGGAGGAAUAGUUUUCCUGGCCUUUGCUUUCUCCGCCCUUUUCAUCAAACCAGAUGCUGUUUGAUUCAAAGCAGGAUUACCCCGCUCAUUUGUACAUAAUUGUAAAGUUCCAGUUGGUAAAUCAAAGGUGUAUCUUUGCCUAUGUAUAUGUGUACAUGAAGGUGUGACUAAUGGAACUGCAUUUUUUUAGUCUGUGAUCUCUCUUUAGUAGUUUCCUCUCUAGUUUUACAUACCGGAAAGUGUCCACUUUUUCUCUUUCUUUCUUUUGUCGUUUCAUGUUUUGUCGAAGGUGAACCUCUGCUUAAAUACCAUACAUUUUUUAGGAUACAAUCAUCACUUUAUCCAUGCUACAGUUAAGCAAUGCCUGUUUGGUCAUGUCUGAGAUGAAUGAUGAAUUCAACAUAUAUAAUCUGGCUGUAAAGGUUUCAGUAAUGUUAUUCACAUACAAAUCAACCAAUGAAAUUACAUACUUUUGAGAACUACAAUUAAGGCAGUUUCAAAGGUAGAGCUGGGCACCAUUUAUUAAAAACAGUUUUUGUAUUUAUGUUCUUUAAAUGGUAAACUACUUUUUUAUUUUUUCCUUUUUAAAUGUAUGUACUGUAGUUCAGGAAGAGGUGAUGACGGAAUGAAUGAUGUCACCAUUGGCAGCAAUUCUUCUUUUGUCAAUAUUUGACAGGUUGCUUCAAGCUGUGAAAUGCGUCAAAUUAAUUUUAGUGACAGUUGUACAAAACACGAUACUUAAGGAAAUAUUUUGGGUUACAAAACCCCUCCACCUCAAACCCCCAAAAACAAUUUCUGUAUUUUUUUUGUGCAAUUAAAAAAAACCAUAUUAAAACAGUUUUCUUUUGACUUUCAUUUCAGGGAACAGAAUAAUAGUUGUGUGCUAUGAUUCAUGAAAUAGAAUGUUCGAGAAAAUGUGUCUGUACAAGCCCUUGUAGGACUACUUCACUAUUUAUUUUUUGUUUUUUAAUUCAAUGUUUGCACCAGUUUGGGUGGUUGCAUCUCUUUCGGCAUAGCAGGUGGCUUUUUUGUGGGUAAUGUGAGUAGUAUUUGCAGAGUUAGGAAGAAACACAGCGCUUAUUCUCCAGUACUGCCUGAAGCGCAACACACACCGGAGGCGUACGGCUCGUGUCUUAACAACCGCCCCCAUUAUUUCUUUUAUUUUGGAGUACCCCUAACCGGCGGCGGCCCUGGCCUAUUGCAUAUUCAAUUAAAUUGUAUUUUUAUAGCCCUUAAUCAUCAUUACAUUCUCAAAGGGCUUAACAGGCCAAAUUGUUAUGACACCCCCCUUUACCCAGGCCCUCACAAGGGCAAGAAAAAACAGCAAGGAAGAAAUCUUGAAGAAACGCAUAGUAGGGGAUCCCUUCUUCCGGGGAUGGUCAGAGUGAGCGCAAUGGGUGCCAUAAUUGAUAUACAGGUAAAUACAUGCACAUCAUAUUAAAUUGGUGAUGUGUUGCUGGCUGGUUAACAAUGAGGAGAGUCCAGGCAUCCAGUCCAGUCACCACAACACGCUAGAACAGACAAAGUGAAUUAGAACGGAGUAUAUAGUGGGAAUGUAUGCUGUAUUAACAAAAACACAAACAAACACAGUGGUCUUCACAUCGCAUCUGUGUCGUUUUCACACUCCUAUGUUACAAAUGCAAGAUUGUAGAAGUGGGUUUUGAGCUUUCCUUUGAAUAGCUCCACAGAGUCAGCUUCCCUGAUCACAGGUGGCAGCCUAUUCCAUAGGAAGGGGGCUCCAUAGGCAAACGCUCUCUGUCCAGCCGAUUUUUUUUUUAACCUUCGGCAGUGAAAGAAGGCCAGCUCCCGAAGACCAGAGGGACCGAGAAGGACUGUAAGGAAUGAUCAAGUCCUUCAGGUAGGAUGGAUAUGAUCCAUGCAAGGCUUUAUAGGGUAGCAGUAGCACCUUAAAGUGUGAUCUGAAAGUUAUUGGUAGCCAGUGCAAAGAGGCGAGAAUAGGUGUGAUGUGAUCAAACCUUCUCGUUCUAGUCAGCAGUCUAGCUGCAGCAUUCUGUACAAGCUGUAGACUUUUCGUU